AUGGACAGCUCUCUGCCCCUCGUCGACCGGGCACUUGCGAUCUUCGUGGUGUCUGUUGUGAUGAUGGGUAUCUCGGUCGUGGCAGUUGUUCUACGUAGCUUUGUUCGCUUGUACUUAGUGCGAGCCUUCGGAUGGGAUGAUGCUCUCAUGGUUCUUGCCUUGACACUCUUCGUAAUCUUUGGCAUCUGUUGUACGAUUGGCUCAAUGAGCGGAGUCGGUCAUAGAAUGGUCGAGUUCAGGGGUCCAGAGGCAUUGGAUGAGCUUAAAAAAUCACUACUGUGGUGGUGGCUGGGUCAGAUGCUUUAUAUUUGGUCGUCUACUGUCGCCAAAGUAUCCAUAUCCAUGACGCUCCUGCGUCUAGCCGCGCGAAGAUUGCAUCGCAUCAUCCUGUGGGCCGUUAUUGCCCUCGAUGUCGUCAUUGGACUCAUGUUCUGUCUCAUUCUGCUACUGGACUGCAAUCCCGUCUCCUAUUUCUGGCACCGUGUGGACCCUCGCAGUUCGGGAACAUGCGUGUCCGGGGACGUUCUUUUGGCGAUUGCCUAUCUCUACAGUUUGCUCACUAUCUUCUGCGAUUUGACUCUCGGGGUCAUGCCCGCCCUGCUGGUAUGGAGUCUGCAGAUGAAUAGGAAGACAAAGAUCGCCCUUGGCGGGAUUCUCGGUUUGGGAGCUGUUGCGAGUGUUGCAGUGAUUAUCCGAUUCCCGUUCCUUCAUUACUACGGAGAUAAGGAUUUUCUGUACUCCACCUACCAAAUCGCAAUCUGGUCCAUAAUGGAAACCGGACUCGGCAUCACAGCCGGCAGCCUUGCCACUCUCCGACCCCUGUUCCGCUGGUUUCUGGACGGCAACCUGUCCGGUCGUCACAGACGCAGUGCCAAACGCAAUGACAGACAAUACCCGCUUUCUAGCUUGCCGGAUGAUCCACCGAAGAAGGAUUCUCGCGAUCCAAGCUACUGGCGCCCUGACCUCCCGGAGGAAUUUUCCAACGUUGUGGUGACCACCAUCUCGUCGCCUAUGGCGCGUAGUAGUCAUCUGAAUGACGACCACAGCAGCCAGGAGGAACUUAGUCUUCCUGAGGACUCUUGGGACCGUUACCAGGUCAACAUCCACAAGACGUUCCAGUUGACUACCGCGCCUUCUUGA